AUGGUCACCGACACCGUUUUCACCCUUCGCCGCUUCAUAAAGUGGCAUGAUUUGUUUGAAGUUCUCAUCAAUGCUCGUCGUUUCCUUCAUCGCACUUUUAACCUGCUGCUCAACCCCCUUAACUUUGUUCAAAAUUUCAUUGUCCUGGUUACCGGAGGUGGGAGGUUGUGGACCAUUUCUCGCCUCUUUUUCCGCCUCUCCCAGAUUAUCGUCCAGCGUCCUAGUCAGGCUGACGACGCUGUCCAAUUCGCUUGCGAUGCUUUUGUCGCCCACCUUUGCACCGCCGCCUAG